AUGGCAGAAGCUAUUGGCAUCGAAGUUGUGAAAGAGCUGGUGAAGCAGCUGUCUGCGGUAUCUAAGAAAGCCUACAUGUGUAAAAGCAUUGCCAAGAAUCUUGCCACCACAAUCGCUGAUUUUCAACCCACGAUACUGGAGAUCAUGGAUAGCAGUGGCGAGUCGAGCGAACAUCGCCAAGAUCAACUGCGUAUGUUCUUCGACAACCUUGAGGAGUGCAGGAUGCUCACAGAAAAGGUUCUGAGAUGUAAACGCUGGAACUUGGUUCGACAGAUCAACUACGUCAAGAAAAUGGAAGAUCUCGACAGGAAAAUCUCUAGAUUUUUUAAAGGACCAGUGCAUCUCCACGUUCUCGCUGACGUUCGUCAUCUCGUUGGGGCUGUUGAUCGAAUGAACAAGAACGUCCAUAAGCGUGAGCAGGUGAAUGUGAUAAGCGAUAAAUCCAAUGAUGAGGGAAGACUUGCCGUUGAUCGAAUGAACAAGAAUGUUUAUAGGAGUGAGCAGGUGACUAUGACUCAAACAUUGGCUAAUGUUCAUUGCCUCCGGGAUACUUCUCGAGUGAGCUUGGAUCGGAUAUUUUUCAUAGUUUUAUUUACACGAAUAUGGAGCUAA